AGUUGUUUGAUAGAACUAAAUCGUCUUCGAAAAUUCUAAUACACAAAUAUUAGGGAUAGCGUAACAUAGAUAGCCUUUUUGAGCUUUCAAAACUCUUAAUUCUAAAAGUUUCCCCUAUAAUACAGCGAACUAUACAUAGUUUAAAAUUAAAUUUAAAGUGAAGAAUAUUUAUUGUUGGUAACUAUGUCCGGAUCCAUCUCUUACCUUGGUUUGGUCCUAACUCUCAUCUCAACUAUUGGGAUUAUAUUUACCACGAUUUACCGUGAAUGGAAACGUAACAGCGUACAAGCUUCUCAACAAGUUCUUGACCGUCUUUACUCGUGUGAGGGGUUAUGGGUACGGUGUACCUCCCCCACACCAGGUCAGUUCCAAUGCGAUGACUACGACACAGCACUUUUAGGAUUGCCACCGGCACUUCAAGGAAUGAGAGCGAUGAUGUGCAUCUCUGUUUUGUUCAUCAUCGUUGCAGUCGUAUGCUCCAUCGUCUCCCUGCCCUGUACCGCCGCCCUAGCGGAGAAACAGAAGCUCUACGCUAGCAGGGUGGCGGGCAUAUGUGCUAUGCUUGCAGGCGCACUCUGCAUCGCUUCUGUAUCUUGGUAUGCCGCCAACAUCGUAUUCGAGUUCUGGAGUUUCGCUUCAAUAAACGACCCGUUUAAAUAUGAAUUCGGAUCCGCCUUAUAUGUCGGUUGGAUCGCAGGGGGGUGUGCACUUAUCUCCGGGGCACUGAUGGCUUGUUGCAAUUGUGGAAACGAAGAGACUGACAGUUACCCAGCUUACACCUACAAGCCUCCUAAAGCAUCUGGGGGUGGCAACAACACAGAAUAUGUGUGAUCACAGAAC